AAAUGAUUUUUUUUAAUAACCUUCUGCUUUAUCUGCAAAAUAACAUGUUUCACAGGAACGAUUGUAGGGGAGUUUGGUACUACACGGGUGUUUAAAAAGUUGUUGUUGUUUUUUUCUAGUCUAGCUAGCUAAAGGUAUGGGUGUCCUCUAUAGUUGAUCCGCCGCUGGUGACACAUCUCCAGCUUCAGUUAGCGUCUCCGUAUUUCCCCACAGUCCUGUCGUUGCGACUGAAGUAACCAUUAGCAACUGGGCAGCGCCCGGCUGAGCACCUACAACCGCUGUCGAUGUUGUCCUCGUAAACUUAGCAGAUAAUACUAUGUGCAGGUGCUACAGUGACAGAGGACCGCAACCAACAGUUAUACAUCCAUAAAAGUUUGAUAAGGAAGCCAUAAAAGGUACCAUCAUCUCUCCAUACAGUAAAGCCCUUGACAGACUUGUGAAUAAUAGGUUGUUGGGAUGUUUGUAAGGCUGGCCAUGGUUAACACGUAAAAGGUCCCAGUGAGUGGCACUGACAUGUUGCCAGGAGUCGGUGUGUUUGGCACGGGGAGCACAGCCCGAGUGCUGGUCCCGUUGUUGAAAGCUGAAGGCUUCGAGGUUCAUGCACUCUGGGGGCGAAGUGAAGAGGAAGCGUGCUGCUUGGCAAAAGAGCUUGGAAUCCCAUUUCACACCAGCCGAUCUGAUGAUGUCCUGCUGCACCAAGAUGUUGACCUUGUUUGCAUCUAUAUUCCACCCUCAAUGACGAGGCAGAUUGCUGUCAAAGCACUGGGUAUAGGUAAGAAUGUUGUGUGUGAGAAAGCUGCAACUGCUGUGGAUUCAUUCAAGAUGGUGACUGCAGCCAGAUACUACCCCCAGCUGCUCAGCAUUAUGGGUAAUACCCUGCGCUUCCUGCCAGCUUUUGUUGCAAUGCACCAGCUGCUGGUGGAGGGGUAUGUUGGAGAGAUGCAGGUGUGUGAUGUCCGAGUUUAUGGCCCCAGCCUCCUGGAUCAGUCGUACGGCUGGACAUGUGAGGAGCUGAUGGGCGGAGGCGGUCUGCACACCGUUGGCUCUGCCAUUAUUGACCUUUUGAGUUACCUAACCAGUGCACGGGCCCAACGUGUUCACGGCUUACUGCGGACUUUCGUACAACAAAAUGGUUUGAUCCGAGGCAUCCGCCGAGUCACCAGCGAUGAUUUUUGUUUCUUCCAGAUGUUGAUGGGUGGAGCUGGGUCGAGCUCCGGUGGUGUGUGUUGCACUGUGACCCUGAACUUCAACAUGCCAGGGUCGUUUGUGCAUGAGGUCAUGAUUGUUGGAUCCACUGGGAGACUGGUUGCCAGGGGGACAGAACUGUAUGGGCAACGCAAUGGGAGCACAGGUGAAGAGCUGUUGCUAGGCGACAGUGGAUGGGUGGGACCAGAGGUAAAAGACAUGCCCCUGCCUCACCUGCAGGGUCUGAGUUCCAUGGUAAAGGCACUGAGACAGUCUUUUCAGGCUCAUGAGGAACGCAGGUUGUGGGCACGAGGACCGGUUGCCAUAGCACCUACGUUUGAGGAUGGUCUGUACGUACAGACGGUGGUCGAGGCGGUGAAACGGUCCAGCUGUAGUGGAGAAUGGGAGUGUGUUGAGAUCAUGAGUCAGGAACCAGAUCCAAAUCAAAACCUGUGUGAGGCUCUGCAAAGAAAUAAGAACUAAAUCUAUUUAUACACCCAGUGCAACUACUACAUGUGUCUGACAGAACUGGGCUCUGAAUGUCUGUCUUUAAAUUCAACUGCUGAGGCAGUUUACUUUACCCUUGACUACUUGCAUUUUCUUUACAUUCUGUCUCAAUUUGAGCAGAAUAUUUUGGUUUAGAAAACAUAACUAUGUUGUGGAUGUUUGUACCCACAAAGUUGUAAUUAGUUUUUACUCGAAACACAUUAACCAUAGCGCCAUUAUUCUGAUUCUCAACAAAAGAUAUUAGAGUAGAGUUUAUUCCCUGUACCCUGCUAAAAUGUAGACAAAGUCCUUAUUCUCACUGAAGCCGGAAGUCAUGACUGCAAGUUUCUCACUGAAUAAGGUUGAUCGAGGUCACCUUUCAGUAAGGCACCACACCUAUGUCAAAUAUUGGAAAAGAGCAAAAUUACUGGGACUCCAAAUUCCAGCCUUUCAGUGGCUGUGUGACCAUUGUCUUUACCCUCAUUUUAAGCAGUUUUUCUGGAUACAUUUUUGUGUACAAAAUCAAGUAGGUUAUUGUAUUUUAUUGAUAGUUAGAGAUAGAUCAAAUAAGCGUAUACCUUAUCCUUGAUAUAGGAAAAGAGCGCAGCUCUUCCUGAGGUUUACAAGAUCAUUUUGAAUAAUUCAUCUUUUAGCAGUUAGGUCAUCAGACCAUCAGUGUAUAGAUGAGGAUAAGCAAAAAAAAAUGUUGCCUAGACAACAGCACUAUCAAAGGUGUUAAAUAAGUGCACAUUUACUGUCUUCUAAUGGAGGUCAGGACAUGUAGAGAAUUACAAAGAUCUUUUUCUGUCAGUAAGUUAACAGUUGGGUCCCUCACAAUUUUUUCCAACGCCUCAAUUUAGUAAUUCAGCUCAGAUUAUGAACCCGCUGUAAAUGUACAGUCCAAUAGGAGAAAACAUUGUAUUCUCUAUUGUUCAUAACAUUUCAAUGUUGAUGUAUUUUUGUGGUAAUUUAUUCCAGCAGUAGCACCUUAUUCUGAAAGGAAGUGUUUACCUUGGACAUGAAUAUGAAUAUAAAAGCAUGAGGAUGAUUUGACUAACAAAACACUUUGACUGUUCAGUGUGGUGACUGGCAGAAUUCAAAUGACAGUUUGGUGGAGCUCAGUCUCUGUUGUGUUAGAAUAAGACUAAUGGAGCUGUACAGAGUUGAGUUUUAUUUAAUUUUUGUGUAAUGAUAAGCAGACAUUUGAAAAGUGGAAGAGGUUUUGUGUCAUGGGAUACUAUGACAAACAUAAAAUACCAGGGAUUGAGUAAAAUAAGCUAUGUAGAAUUAAGUCUAAUUUGUAGCAUUGCCCUGCAAAAUGCCCAAACAUCAAAGUGAUGCAUCUUAUCUGCAGUCUUCUUUGAUUAUUACCUACCAUGCAGGCCAGACAAGUGUAGGAAGUUUUUAGUUUCCUUCUUUGUUCAUCCAUAUUCUAACUGUGUUCGAUCAUCAUGUAGUUGAAAUAUUUUUCACCCAAAAAAUUAUAGUGAUGUUUGUUAUCGGUUUCCACUCUAAAAACUUGCCACCAAUAAAUAAUUUCAACCACAGACGCUGACUGUGAAGAAGGAAACUACCAAUUUCUAACAGCACCCUGUCAAGUUUACACAUGGUGAUGCUCAAAGGAUUGACUUAAGGUGGAGUAUCACAUUAAAACUUAUAUUAGUGCAAAAAGGCUUGUCUUACAAUUAUUACAGAUUAGUGUCUGAUAAAAGUCGACACAAAGCCUGAGGGUAUUUGACAACUAAAUUAGUUUAAAAUGUGUGUGAAGGGUUUGUUUACAAGUGCUAACAAUUGAAGUAAUUUUUUUUUUUUUACAAGAAUUUUUUCAUGCAACCUAUGCAUUUAAAAUUAUUACAGAUUUUCAAAUCCAGAGAGUGAAACCUUACUAAUUUUUAUCAUUAAGUACAAUCACUGUAUUUGACUUGUGUGAGAGUAUAAAUGUGUACUACAGACCAAGAGAAGGAAAUGUAAACUGGUUGUGGUUGUAGUCACUCACUGCAUCUCAGUACUGCUGCAUAUCCUAAAUAAUAUUCACCUUCACUGCUCUUAAUGCUGAGAAAAGGAAGUGGUGAUUUGAUCGGUCUGUUCAUGACACGCAGGAUUGUUUUGGGAAAAAAUAAAACUGUGUUUGUAUUUCACAGUUUCCAGCAGACAAGGAUACAUACAUGUUACCUGCUUACCUCACACUACCCCAGCAGUGCUUUACAAAAAAAAAUUCAUCAAGUUUACAUUAAGUGUCUUCAUAAAACACAUCAUAUUUGCUUGCAGAUUAUUAAAAUACAUUCCAACUGAGUUUUCACCUUCUUGUUAACAGUUGUUUCUGGGUUUUUGCACUGAUAACUGCUAAAAUGCCACAUGAUUAAUAUGCAGUGUGGUGCUUGUGCCAGCCAGCUCACUGCAAAAAUGAAUUUAACAUUUGUGUGAAUGAGGAAGACUUUUUGUAUUUAUUUAUGUCUUGUUGUGGAGAAAGUUUCCCAUUGUUUAUUCUGUUUAGUGUUUGUGUUUUCAGCCUGUGAAUUUCUGUUUAAAGCUGUAAUAUUUAAAUUGUUUAGAUUUAGUGUUGUUUUAAUUGAUAAUAUGGCUUUUGAGCACAAUGUGUUGCCUUUAAGUUGGGAACUGAUCUGUUCAUCUGCCUGACAGACAUUUCCUUUAAUAAAAACAAUUGUAUUCAUCCAG